GGCAUCAGCUGGCUGCUGGGCCUGGACGGGGAGGUGUGGGUGAUGGGCGAGGCAGAGGGCGAGCGGCCGUUUGAGGACAUUAUGGAGGAGCUGAUGGAGGGCCGAGCACGCAGGCAGGCACAACAGGAGGCAAAGGAACUCUGGCGUGUAAAUGAGGCGGAGAUUGAGAAGUUUCAAGACGCCAUGGACAAUGAGAAAGCUUGCUUCGUGGCCGGCAGAUGGUAGAAAGAGACCGAUGAUAGGAAGGCUGCCGAACAAGAAGAGGACUGCAUCUGGGAGGCUCUGAAAACAUGUGAGCAGGAGGAGCGGCAGAGGGGCGAGUAGGAGAUCCGGCGUACAGAGGAGAGCCAGGGAGCUGUUCAUGUGUUGAAGCAGGAGGAGAUGAGGAGCGACGAGGACAACCAGGAAUGGCAGGAGCAAUGCAUCAUCUCCCUGCAGCAGUCAGAGGUCUUGCUGCAGGACUGUGCUGAGGGCAGCUUCUGGGUCCGUGUGAGCAAAAAGAUCUGGAAAUACACCUUCUCUUACCGCUCUUCUCGAGGCUUCAACUCACCCGAUUGUGGUGCUUCGGGGAUCUUCGCAGUCAGUGUGUUCCAGGCGUGCCCCUACUGCUUGCAUUGCUUCUCUAUUAGCCCAAGAACAUGGCUGCCACCCUCAGUGAUCCAGCUGCUGUUCCAGGAGGGCUCUGAUGUGAACUCACCUGACCCACCCAGGUUCCAGUGUGAGUCCCCAGUUCUGCAGAGGCUUGUUCAGAUCCAUUAA